AUGCCUCGGUUUCUGAACAAGAGGAAGAGACCAAGUUAUAGUCACGUGACUCCGUAUCCCAACAACAUGGCGACGAAGGAGAAAGACAGAGAUCGCGGUCAGUCGAUGACCUCGAAACUGAGCAUCGGGAACUACAUACUCGGACAAACUUUAGGUGUUGGAACGUUUGGAAAAGUGAAAAGUAAGUGUUAGUAAGGUUAAUUGUGUUAACUAUACUGUAAUUAGGAGAGAUCGAUGAAAGCGUGCACAACUCCACGUACGCAAAAUGCUUAGUCAUUUGCAUGUAGCAGAAAAUUUGCUACACACGAAUGAAUAAAUCACUGGGAAAAUACAGUAAUAAUUGCUGUUAUGAUAGUAUAUAUACUACCAGGCUCUAUACCAUUACUAGGCCUGAAUUGAAGGUACAAAGUAAUGAAAUCAGCGCGUUGAUGCCUAACAACUAACGUGUUUGCAUGCAAGAACCGUGCGAUGUUGGUUCCCUGGUCAUUCAAGACUUACUGUUGACUUUCACGCAAGUCAGGCCUCAUUGAUCUUAGCUUAUUUACGUGUUAUAAGCAUACCUUCAUCAACAACUUGAUAAUUGUAUUGACCUUUGAGCGCUGCUGAGAAAACUCUUUAUCUUUUAUUUGUUGCUAAUUCCAUUAAAGCUCUUUACUCUUUCCAUGUCAUUUUAUUAAAGUUCUUAAUAACGGACUUUGAACUUUAUUGGAGAUCAUGUACAUGUAACUGCAAGAGUUCUUUAACUGAAACAAGAAGAAACACAAGAUUAACUUUCUCGAUGCGUUUAUACAGCAGUUGUUUUUCACCACUGUGGCACGCAGUAGUGAACACUUCUUAUAUCAUUUAAAAUAGUUUGAUACACAAUAUUAACAAAUGUAUACUCCUCUGUAUACUAUGAUCUUAGUAUACAUUAAUUAUUUUGUAUACAGUGGAACCUCGAUAUAACAAAGGGCCAAAGGACUGGCAAAAUUUGUUCACUGUAGCUAUAUUUCGUUAUAUCAAGGUUCUUCUCCAUAUAUUUUACUAUUACUGGGGUGAAGAAAAUCGUUUGUUAUACAGAGGAUUUCAUUGUAUAGAAGUUUGUUAUGUAUCAAACUACUUUAUUAUAUUGCUGACUGUGUGAGUGAAUGAUUAUAAGAAUGAAAGACUUCAUUUAAAGAAGAGUCAUUUGACUUUGAUGAAACUGAAAAUGGCCCACAAAUAAACAGUAAUCAAAUUAAUUAAAAAAUAUUCUACAAAUAAAAGAAAUUUAUACAGCUGUGAACAUAAUUUAUUAAUGGUAAAAAAGAUAGAAUUAUAGAAAUUGUUCACAAAUUCUGUGUUAUUUUUGUCCUUCCUGUCCACUUGGGAUUUCUGGCUUAGUUUCUACAAGAAUCAAGUGUUCUUUUUGUCAUAAUAUAGUAAAUCCAGUAACCAGUCUUGUUCAGUCAAGAUGGCCGGGUAGUGCUUCUGAUUGGUUUAAGAAAUUUUUCCUUGCGGCACGACCAAUCAUCAGCAAUACCCAAAUCUGGAUAUUAGCAUGUCAUCAGUAUUGAAUUUCUGCGUUUGUUCCUCAGACUUAAUUUCAUAGGGAAACCAGUAGUGGCACUUCAAAAUGUCAAUUGUUUUCUCAUGUUAACUUUAGUGUACACAACUACUUUAUGGUGAUACAUACAAAGAUUCCAUAGGUUCAUUUGUCAACAAAAACCCCUACUGAAUGAGCUUUUCAUUCAUGUAUAGAUUGUCAGUGACAUGAAAUAUGUGAAGCAAUAGGAUUGUAGAGAUCACUUUUAGAUGAUAGCUUGUGAAAACAGCAAUCUUGCUCCUCGCUUCUAGAGACAUCUUACCAGGGGGAUGUUUGCGCCUCAGCGACAGAAAUUUCAUACUGAUGACGUAAAUCAAUGUUUACAUAAUUAAUCAGGUUGUUUUGGGGUUCCAAACGUAAAUUUGUUCGAUUUUAUGUUUUCCCCGGUUGAUUAUGGUGAACUUAAUUUGUGUUUCUCUGUGAACGACCUCCGUGAAUAUGUACGGUUUUGUAUUGGAUUUAUCAUGUUUUCAUACAUCAUUGUGACUAUUUGUCUUUCGCAUUUGUCUGUUUUUUUCUUUUUUUUUUUUUUUUAUAAAAAUAGCUAUAAUACAGUUUAACUACUGCAUGUACAUGUGACCAAUUAGAGCUCCUGACCAGAUUCCAGACAGAUUUUAUGUCAUCUGUAUGGGAUUUUUGUCACUGAGGUAUAGUGGCAAGGAGGGAGGAGAGACAGUUGUUUUCUUGGGCUAACUUCAUGAUUGUCACUGCUAUUAGAGAAAUUACUAAUUUUUGCACUCCUGUUCAUUUUAGUGGCAGUACAUCAACUGACAGGCCACAAAGUUGCAGUUAAGAUCCUCAACAGACAAAAGAUAAAGAACCUAGAUGUUGUAGGAAAAAUAAGAAGGGAGAUUCAAAACUUAAAGCUUUUCAGACAUCCACACAUUAUUAAACUGUAAGUAUUGGGCUAGCGACUGAGCUUUUGCUUGAAAUGAUCUUGACCCCUAUUAAUGAAUGGAAGUUUUAUCACGUGGCAAAAAAUAUCUUCUUUUCUCCUUUGAUACAGUGAGUUUAAUCAGUUUACUUUCUUUUAAUCCAAAUUGUGCAAUCUGAAUGCAUGAUCACUGAACUUCGAACUUUUAGAUAUUUAAGAUUCUAGUAUUUCAGUGCUGUGUGAUCAAAAAAGGGAGACUGGAGUGAUGGGAGAUUAUCUCAAGGAGUGUUGGUGCGAUUAACCCAUUACAAAUCCUGAAAUCAUGAAAUGUGAUUUUACUUUGCUGGCCUUAACUAAUUCCUGGCUAACAAAAUUUGUUGUAAAAAUUAUUCUUGAUUUUUAUAAUAUUUAUUCUGUACUAUUCCAGAGGGUCAGCUGAGCAUCUAUUCUCAGGGUUUUCAACAGUUUUUGAAGUAGGAGUUGCGUUUAUUUGAGUAGGAGUUGCAAGGCCCGGAGGGCCUUGCUCUCUAGGGGGGUCUGGGGGCAUGCCCCCCCAGGAAAUUUUGAAUUUCUAGACUCUUGGAGGCGCAUUUUCCCGCAUUUUGAGACGCAGAACUAGCAAAUUUUAGAUAUCGAAAAUACUGAUAAAUUUUGAUGCUUUUAGUAACUUUAUUAACCACAAUAUUAGGGUACGCUUUAACCACAUUAUUACCCGCAGCAUCCUUUUUCUUUUUCUUGUUUGUCACUGUCAGCGACCACAUCUCCCGUAAACCACGCUGUCGCUUUUCUGCCAUUCUGCCGUGUUCUUGGAGACGAAAUGUGGCGUUUUAUAUAGAGUCGCUUCAGAAACCGCUAACUACAAUGUUCCCUGUAACUGAGACCCAGUCUUCGACUCGUCCUCAACGUUACGCAGAGAACGUAUUUUAAAAGCAGACUCAAGAUGUUUUGGCGAAAUUCUCCAGAAAAAUUUCAAGUUUGCUUGCUCGCAACAGCUUUGUGAACACUUACCACUUUUUAUCAAAAGUUUUAUUUGUCAUAUAAUUUACCUAAGGGAAAGUAGGCGUCGCAAAUCAAAAAGUUGCCGUGGGAUGCGACGGCCGACGGCUGAUUUUGAAAACACUGAUUCUCCAAAAUAAAUUACCCCAUUUAUCAAAGAUGUCUUUGAUCUACAAACUCCUCACUACUGAGUCAUCAUUAAUGCCUGUUGUUAUUUUUGAUUGUUGUAUACAGGUAUCAGGUCAUUAGCACUCCUUCGGAUAUAUUCAUGGUUAUGGAGUAUGUGUCAGGAGGGGAAUUGUUUGACUACAUUCUAAAGCAUGGAAAGGUAAGCAUCCGUGGGCCUUCUAGGAUCAAAUUCAGUGCUGUUAAGAUGCACGUGAGCUAAGGUGCUUUGCUGCUUAUAAAUUCUCAUGCUUCAAUAAUAAGAUUUAUUGUUCAUGUACUAUUAAUGACUGGUGCUAAAACCCGUCUUGAACAUGUAAUGUGAUUCGGUUCUCAUUAAGUGCCGGCAACCAACUAGAAAACUGGCUACUUUGAGGUCUUAGCCAUCUGCUUUUGGGGGAAAAUUGGUAAAGUGAUGAUGUGAAAUCUUCAAAUUGCCUACCGCACUUGACUGCCAAUCCGUCUACUUUUACAUCCUAGCUGUCUACUUUAAAACUUAAUGAGAACCCUGAUGAUUAUCUAAUUGCAUUACUUUACUCUGCUGUUUUGUAUUUUUAGCUUGAAGAAAGAGAGGCACGCAGGUUUUUUCAACAGAUUAUAUCUGGAGUAGAUUAUUGUCACAGACACAUGGUGGUCCACAGGUAUGGAAUGGUGUCUUUCUUGGUACAGCGUAACAGGGUUAUUAUAAUCGUGAUUAACUGGCAGGAGACUGGUUGUAAAUUAUGGCUUUUCUGUACUUUUUCUGUACUUAUUUGUGACAAUCUUCUUUUUUUAAUUCCUGGUGCCACUUCACGGCCCAGUUCCUUUUCUAGGCUCUGUAUUAACAAAUUUUGUUUGCAUGAUACCACUAGAAAGAGCCAUGUAACAGAAUAAGUCACACCAGUGCAAGUUCACCGAAAUUGCUGUACCAGUUUCAAGAAUUUCAUUUUAGCGCAAAUCUUGCUCAUAAACACCCCUUGAGUAUCCUCAGUGUGACAGGUGUCAUUGGAGCUUGCCAUGGUUACCCUAUCAGUUACAUGUAGCUCUGUUUAUUUUUUAUGUCUUUGCCUCAGUGUUGCUCAUUGCCAGCACCCACUCUUUAUACGUAUCCUCUUUAACCCCUUAAGUCCCAGGAGUGACCAACAUCAAUUUUCUCCUAACAAUACCAAUAAUAAUUAAAAGAAAAGUUUAUGAGAAUAAAUAAAAUGAUCACCUAAGGGAAAAUGCUUUGAUCUUUGAACAAAUUCUCUCAACUAAUUCUGUAAGGAAAUGUAUGGAGAUCAGUUUGGAGAAUUUGUAUGUGGAUAAUGGGGCUUAAAGGGUUAAUGUGCCUAUUAAUAAGUUAAUAUUGUGAAAAAACCCUGACUUUUUUGUCCCUUUUGAUUGCCAAUAUUGAACUCGACCAGUAUUUCCCGACUACUGUUUGCCUUAGAUUAGCUUGAUAUCGCUAAAUUGUCAUCUUAUUCAGUUAAAUGUUUCAAAUUAUUUGAUUAGGGAUCUUAAACCAGAAAAUCUCUUGCUGGAUGCGCAAGCAAAUGUAAAGAUUGCCGAUUUUGGUCUCUCCAACAUGAUGACUGAUGGAGAAUUUCUUCGAACAAGUUGUGGAUCACCUAACUAUGCUGCACCUGAGGUUAUUUCUGGAAAGUAAGUCUGCUUGUUGACAUACAGUGGUAGUACAUAAAAAGGAACCAGGUUCAUAAAGCUCUUCAACAUCCAUUUUCUUGACAUUAUUUACUACAGCUGACUAGACUCUCUUGACACCUCUGUAAAACAGACUCCUAAGAAGGCAGCGUGGCCGACUGUUUAGAGCGCCGGACUUGCAAUUCGGAGUCCCCGAGUUCAAGUCCCACUCUGACCGCUAGCUUGAUUUGUUUGCAGUAGUCCCGCAAAUUCAAAUCCUCGACCAUGCUUGUAAAUAGCCAGCUGGUUUGCCUCCAGCCAGCUGGGAUUCUUAACCCUGUUAAGGUCAAUUUGAAUUGUCACUAGCAUUAGUGCUAUAAAUACUGCCAGGGGUAAAUAACGGAAUUAUUAUUAUUACUGUUAUUAAUGAUUGCUGCUGUUCUUUUGCAGGCUUUAUGCAGGACAAGAAGUUGAUAUAUGGAGCUGUGGUGUGAUUCUUUAUGCCCUUUUAUGUGGAAGUGUGAGUAUCAAAUUUAAAAAACCUUCUCUUUGAAUUCUAAAAUUCCCUUUCUCUGUUUUGUAAUGGCAGAAAAUAACAUCUUUGGUAAGUCCUCCACUUAUUUUGGUUUGUUUUUCUCCUUUCAGCUUCCAUUCGAUGAUGAGCACAUACCAACUCUUUUCAAGAAAAUUAAAGGUUGGUAGUUCUACUCUCUAUCUCUUUCUUUUUUCCCCUGGUACAGGAUGUAUGUAGCUAUUAAUUUUGUAUGGUUUGGUAGUAUUUUCUCUUAAAUAAAAAUUAUUAUUAUUGUUAUUUCCUUCAGGUGGUGUGUUUUACAUCCCGUCACAUCUUUCAGCGGAAACCAGUAGUCUUCUCUCUUCAAUGCUCCAAGUUGAUCCAAUGAAAAGAGCUACAAUGCAACAGAUAAAGUGAGUUGGAUAUACUGUAUUGAGUUGUCUUCAUGUGAAAAUUAGAAAUUACUGCAUCUCAAAAAGGUAUUGCUUGAGUACUGUCCAUUUUGUGAAAAAUUUGUAAAUGUUUUAUUAUUUCUCAUUCAUGAUUUUGCUUUUGUUGUCCUUAAAGAUCUGUAGCUUGACUUAACACCUACAAAAGCAUGUUGUUGAGAUAAUGAAUCUACAUGUAUAGAAAAUGCAGGGGAAAUAAGUUCUUUGUUUCAUGGUAACAAAAUAAUUAAAUUAUUCUUGCAAGAAGAAAGAAGUCAAAGAAUGAUAGUGAUCAAUGAUGUAUUUGAUUCCUUGUCAUUGUGUUAAUGAAGCUUUGACUUUUUGUGGUACAUGUAAUUGUCUCAUUUUGAGGGACAAUUUUGAUAUAAACAUAUAAGAUUAUUUUCCCUGUUCAAGAAAGAAAAGCAAUGAAGAUAUUUACGUGUACAAUGUACAGUCAUCUUUUAAAGUUGAUUGCUUUGUCUGAUGUGAGUGUUUGAUCUUUAAUAAUUAUUUAAAUACACUGUAUCACUCCCGGUUUUUCCUUCAGAAAUCAUGAAUGGUUCAGAAAAGAUCUUCCAAUUUAUCUGUUUCCAUCAUCAAAAUUAGAAAGUGAUGUCAUUGACCAAGAGUGCUUGACACAAGUUUGUGAGGUUGGAAUUUCUUACUCUUUAUAAUAUUUUACUUAUCUUCUUUUGUAUGUAUAACUGACUACUUUUCUUGUGAUUUGGUUUUGUAUGUAAUUCUAAACCUUUGACUCUGUGAAUCAAAUCUUUUAGUCUGACCAUCAAUUACUUUCACAUCGAGUGUUUCCUGUGUCAUUUUAAUUUUUUUAAAAUUACAUCAUUAGGGGCAUUGUUUAACUUAAACUUGUUAAUCUGAAAAGACAUCCCCAUUGACCUGUUCGGCUAACUCAAUGUUGUACCCAAUUCAAACCCUUUGGAAAGGAAAUGUUUUGUUUCAGGAAUUCCUUGUCAUUUAAAUGAGAAUGCCACUUUAUAAUGCAAAUACAAUACACAAAGAAUUCUUAACCCCGGAAGAUUCGAAUUGGGUACAACAUUGAGUUAGACAAAUAGGUCUGUUGGGCUUUUUACAUUUCUAUGAUGUAUGUGAAAUGAUUUCCCUUCCCUCCCCUCCCCUCCCCACCCCUCAGUUCCUCAGAAUUGCUUGAGCCAGCAGUGGUGGUAUAUGUUUGUAGUCACUGUAGUUUAUUUGUCUGAAAGACAAUUUAAUGAUGUGUUCCACUAUAUAUAUUUUUUUACUCAACAGAAACUAAACUGUCAUGAAACUGAUGUGAGAUGGGCAAUAAAGAAUGGAGAUACACAUGAUCAACUGAAGAUAGCUUAUCACCUUAUACUCGACAACAAAAGAAUGAGAAUGCUUGGUAAGUUCAGUAUUGGGGAUGUGACCGGUUUCUUUGGAGGAACAGGUUUAUUAGGCAUUGGGAUAAACUUUAUUUAUUUAUUUUUUUUACAGCUGAAGGCGAGGGAAAACUACAUGUACAGGAGUUCUACUCAUCUGUUUCUCCACCUACCUCUGCAUUUAUUGUGAAAGAUUCGCCAUCUCUUGUGGUACGUGUCUGUGUUUAUAAAAAUUGUUAUUCAAACAGCAGGGUUAGCUCAUCAAAGAAUUUCCGGGGGGGGGGGGGGGGGGGGGGGGGAAUGGUGGAAAGGACUUUUAAAGGGAAAAAUGAUAGCUACACCUGGCCAAAAGAAAAAUCUGUAAAAAUAAAUUUUUUUGACCCCAAAAAAUACCCUUUUUUAAAAAGUCAAAAACAUACAUUUAGGGUCGAUGGUGGGGGGGGGGGGGGGGGGGGUUGAGGGAGGUAUAGUUGAAAGGACUCUUACAGUGAAACAUGAUAGCUACAGCUUGCCCAAAGGACAAUCUGUAAAACUGAAUUUCUUUGCACCCACAAUAUACGCAUUUUUAACAAGUCGAAAACAUUCAUUUAAGGUCGAGUAACAGUGAGGAGAUUGCUCCAGCUUGUUACCUGAAAAAUGCAUUUAGUAUUAAGUUUAUUAGACAAGUAAGUAUUAUUAAAGAUCUGCGGUUUUUUUUGCCAGACCACAACAGCAACGCAGCGACCCUCAUCCACUCCAGUUGAUGUUUUAAGAACUGGGUCGACUGCUCUUCCCACUACACCAUCCAAGAAAGUGCCAUACCUCAGGUUAGCACUGGGAAAGCGACCCAAAUGGCAUUUAGGUAAGUUUGUAUUAGGCAUACAGAUAGUUUGUACAACCACCAGCUGUAAAAGUCAAGGAAGCCUGGUCAGUCUAGUAGUCAGUUUGGGACUUGGAAAUCAUUAUAUGUGUCCAUUGACAUGUUAAUGAAAGUUAUAUAUUAAUGAAAAUAAUGCCACAAUAAUAAAGCUAUCAAAUCGUUUCUCGAUAGUAUUGGACCACUUCAUGGUGAGUUAAUUUGUCCUUCUUACAAUAAAAUCUGUGAAUGAAAUCCUAUGGUGUUACCAUUCAGAUUAAACCUCUUUGUCAGAACGUUUAGGAUUUUGUACAAAGGAAUUUGAAUCUGCCAUUGAAUUUUUUCCUGUGGGGCGAAAUAGUUCAGCUAAACUACUUAUCAGUGUUGGAUUAAAUCCACAAAGAAUCAUCAGCUACUAGAGGGAAUGAAUAAUGGCAACUAUAGCCUAUAUUUAGUUAAUUGAGUCUUUUCAUGUUUUUUUAUUUUGUCUUGAGAAGUCUUGCCCUGAAUCAUAUUUUACAUUAUUUUUGAGAAAAAACCAUGUUAAUAAUUUUUAUUUUUGAUUACAAGUUGUUUAUUUGUGUCAUUUCUUACAACAGGUAUUCGGUCACAGAGUAAGCCAAAUGACAUAAUGGGCGAAGUCUACCGAGCCAUGAUGUCUCUAGGAUAUGUAAGUGCUCUCUUGAAAUUCAUUGGAAUUUUAAGUGAUUGUUAAUGUUCAUUUACCGCAUAUGUGUACAUUCCCCUGGUCUCAUUCUACACUUGCUGUUCUAGUCAUCACCACUUAUGAAGUUUUAACUAGCUGAUUAGUAGCCUUUGUAAUAAAAAGUUUUAUAAAGAAGUUGCAAAAAUGUUAGCGUCAUUUUUUUUACAGAAAUGUAAAUUAACUAAAAACUUUCAUUGCUGUAUAUCUUAAUUAUAGUGAAAAUAUGUGUCCAUAUUGGAAAAAUCAUAAUACCCCGAAAAACACUGUCCUUGUGUUGACAAUAGUUCAUGUACUUGGAUGUGUUUGUGAGAAUUAUUGCAGGUAACUAUUAUAACUAAUGAGGUUUUUUGACUUCUGUAGGAAUGGAAAAUAAUAAAUCCCUUUCAUCUUCGAGUGAUACGUCACAAUAACGGCACAGGAAAAUAUGUAAGUAUUUUGAUAAGUUGUCUCUACGAUAUAGUUUGAGCAUUUUGAUCUAAUCAGUAACUUUUUGCAAAAUUCAAUGUUAACAAAAACACGAACAACUCAUACUUUUUAUUGGCAUUUUGUAUGUUUUUUACACUAUGAUAGGGAGAACAGAAAAAAAAAGUUCUGAUGAUGUUAUUUCAGCACGCUCUUUAUAAACUAUGAUUUUGUUUCUUCAUUUUGUAGACCAAGAUCGCCUUGCAGUUAUACCAAGUUGACCACAAGAGUUAUUUGUUGGACUUUAAAAGCCUCCCUUGCAUAGACCCUCCAGAACAUUCAGAGGGAGUUAUAACAUCUGGAAAAUCCUCCCGGAAAUCAUCAUGUAAUUCUUCUUUUAGCAGCCUUAAAGAUUCCGAUAACUUGAGCUCUCCUGGUCACACUGGCUCACAUCACGUUAUGGAAUUCAUGGAAAUGUGUGCCAAUCUCAUUGUUGCUCUUGCUUGUUAA